UCAAUACAACGCGGGUGUAUAACACUUGUAGACGAAUUUCUCAUAAACCGCUAGCCCACGUUGGUCCAAAACUGAACAGACUGAGCUUCUCAAUUUUAGAUCGUGACAAAAUCAGUUAUUGAAACUUGCCUAUCUUGCAAAAUAUUUGGUUUUAGUUUGGCAGGAUGGCUAACCAGACCGGAAGCGAUGUUAGAAAAUUAUUUAUUGAUUUCUUUAAAGAAAAAGAACACACAUAUGUCCAUUCAUCAUCCACCAUUCCUUUAGAUGAUCCAACUCUGUUAUUUACAAAUGCUGGUAUGAACCAGUUUAAACCAAUAUUCCUUGGUGUUGUUGAUCCAAAUAGUGAUAUGGCCAAAUGGACUCGAGCAACAAAUUCACAGAAGUGUAUUCGUGCAGGAGGUAAACACAAUGAUCUUGAUGAUGUCGGCAAGGAUGUAUAUCAUCAUACCUUCUUUGAAAUGUUAGGCAAUUGGUCUUUUGGUGAUUAUUAUAAGAAAGAAGUAAUUACCUGGGCAUGGGAAUUGUUAACAGACAGACUAAGUUUAGAUAAAAACCGUUUAUAUGUCUCAUAUUUUGGUGGUAAACCAGAAACUGGAUUAGAACCUGAUAACGAAGCUCGAGAUAUUUGGCUCAGUCUUGGAUUACCAGCUAACAGAAUUUUACCAUUUGAUAUGAAGGACAAUUUUUGGGAAAUGGGUGAGACAGGCCCAUGUGGUCCAUGUUCAGAGAUUCAUUAUGAUCGUAUAGGUGGACGAGAGGUACCGGAACUAGUAAACAUGGAUGAUCCUGAUGUUUUAGAAAUAUGGAAUUUGGUUUUCAUACAGUACAAUAGAGAUCCUGAUGGGAGUUUAAAAUCACUACCCAAAAAACAUAUAGAUUGUGGUUUAGGAUUAGAGAGAUUAGUUUCUGUAAUACAAGAUAAAAGAUCUAACUAUGAUACUGAUUUAUUUACACCUAUAUUUGAUGUCAUUCAUAAAAUGACAGGAACACGACCAUAUGAAGGUAAAGUUGGUAAAGAUGACGUUGAUGGUAUAGAUAUGGCUUAUAGAGUUCUAGCUGACCACAGUCGUACUAUUACCAUUACAUUAUCAGAUGGUGGACGACCAGAUAACACUGGUAGAGGGUAUGUGUUAAGAAGAAUAUUACGUAGAGCUGUUAGAUAUGGUACAGAAAAAUUAAACUGUAAACCAGGAAUGUUUUCAAAGCUAGUUGACACUGUUGUUGAAUUGUUGGGAGAUGCUUUUCCAGAAGUAAAAAGAGAUCCAGAAACAGUUAAAGCUAUAAUUGAUGAGGAAGAAGUACAGUUUUUGAAGACUUUAACAAGAGGUCAUCAUUUGCUACAGCGAACUAUUAAAAAAUUAGGAAAUACCAAUGUUUUACCAGGUGAUGUAGCAUGGCGUUUGUAUGAUACAUAUGGAUUUCCUGUUGAUCUUACGUCAUUAAUGGCUGAAGAAAAAGGUUUGAAUAUUGACAUGGUUGCCUUUGAAGAAGCUCGAAAGAAAGCUCAGUUGCUGUCUCAAGGUACUGGUGGAACUAUAGAUGAUAAGAUUAAUUUGGAUGUACAUGCUAUAAACGAUCUUCAAAAUAAAAAGAUACCUCCAACAGAUGAUAGUGCUAAAUAUAACUAUACAGCUGAUCUUCAGGGAAAUUAUAUAUUUGAGCCAAAUAGUGGAACUGUUACUGCAUUAAGAUAUAAUAAAGAAUUUGUAGAGUCAGUAUCAACAGGACAGGAAUGUGGUGUUUUAUUAGAUAAAACAAACUUUUAUGCUGAACAAGGUGGACAAAUCUAUGAUGAAGGUUUUAUGGUUAAAGAUGGAGAAGAGGAGGUAGAAUUACGUAUUAAGAAUGUACAAGUUCGUGGUGGUUAUGUAUUACACAUAGGUACUGUAGAAGGAGUAUUACAUGUCGGUGAUAAAGUUAAACUUUCUGUGGAUGAGGAAAGAAGAUGUUCUGUAAUGAAGAACCAUACUGGUACUCACAUGUUAAACUUUGGUCUUCGAUGUGUAUUAAAAGAAGCAGAUCAACGAGGUUCUUUAGUCGCUCCUGAAAGAUUGCGUUUUGAUUUUACUUCUAAGGGUGCAAUGACUGCAGCAGAAGUUAAAAAAGUGGAAGAUACAGUUAAUGAAAUGGCGUCUAAAAAUGAAGAAGUUUAUGCUAAAGAAGCAAGUUUAUCUGUCGCUAAAACCAUUCAGGGUCUAAGAGCUGUGUUUGAUGAGGUGUAUCCUGAUCCAGUACGGAUUGUAUCUGUUGGUAUACCAGUAGAACAGAUGGAGAGUGAUCCCAUGGGACCAGCUGGUUCAGUUACAACUGUAGAAUUCUGUGGAGGAACGCAUUUAAGACGUGCUGGUCAUAUUGGUGCUAUGGUUAUAGUAUCAGAGGAUGCUAUUUCAAAAGGAAUUCGACGUAUUAUAGCAGUAACAGGUUCUGAAGCACUGAAAUCUCAUCAUAAAGUAGAAGUUUUAGAAAAAUCAGUCAAAGAAUUACAACAAAUAUUAGAAGAUAAUUCUAGAACAAUCAGUGAUAAAGAAUUAACUAAGAGAAUUGUUCAGUUAGAUGAUGAAGUAGCACAAUCAACGAUAGCUUAUUGGAAGAAAGACAGUCUACGUUCCAGUUUAAAGAUAUUAAAAAAAAAGAUGGAUGAAUUAGAUAAAGUUAAAAAAACUGCAAUCUUGAAUGAGGUUAUUGAAGAAGCAAAGAAAAUGAUAGAAGCUAAUCCUAACGUAAAAUAUAUUGUACAUGAAUUUAAAGCUGGGUCUAGUGCAAAGGCACUAGAUGCUGCUAUGAAACAAUAUAAAGCCUCAAGUCCUCAAACCUCAGCAUUCUUUAUAACAGUAGACAAUGAAGGUGGUAAAAUAAUAUGUAUGAGCUGUGUUCCUAAGGAAGCAGCCAAUGUUGGUUUAUCCGCCAAGUUAUGGAUAGAUCAAGUUGUUACAGUUAUAAAUGGUAAAGGUGGGGGAAAAGAUGUAUCUGCUCAAGCAACUGGGACCAAUGUUGGAGCUCUGAAAGAAGUUAUUGAUCUAGCAACAAAAUUCGCUGAUGUUAAACUUUCAUGAAAAUCAAUUCAAAAUGAAAUUUAAUGAUUGUAUAAUACAAUAGGUGCAUGGUUUAGACAUAUUACUUUCCAAUCCUCCACUUUACUAUAUGUUGGUCUUUAAUUUAAAGAUCAGAUUGCUUGAGUAUUUAAUUACAGCUCUAGUUUUCUCUUAACGAACCAACUGUCACCUUUCAGAGGGUAUCUUAGAUGACAUGAGGUAAAUGACAAAAGACUUUAGCAAAAGUAGAGUCAUUUGUUGUGAUGCUCUAAAAUCAAGUACUUAGUCAAUUUAGCUAUACUCUCCCUCAGUCGUACUUGAGUUCAAGUAAAUUCAGUCCAUCAUCAGAACUAUCUGUUAUGUAUCAAAGUACCAGUUCUAUUUAUUUGCAAAUAAAUGAUUUGUUAAUUGUUUUGCAUAAAAUGUAUUACAUGUAUUUUGAAUUAUACAUUCAGCAGUUGUUCGUGGAAUCUGUUUUUGCUAACUUCACUAAUUAAUACCCUCUGUUAUUGAAACCAUUUAUAAUAAACUAAUUUAAUACUA